AACAUCACAAAAUCUGCUCCUUACCAAGUUGGACCGAGAAGAUGUCCAAGUUGCCAUUGCUGAGCAGGGGAAUUAACAAUGGUCAAGAAAAGCUGGAGGUGUUUCUGGAAUCCAAGGAAUAUUUAAACCUGAACAGAAGACUUGCACAUAGCUCAGAGAAACUGUACCUGCCUCCUCUUCACCAUGUAACAGCUCCAUAUCAAAUAACCUCUAAGCAAAAACCUAGAGUUGUUCCUGUAACCAAGAUGAUCGCCACAAAGAAAGGAGCACUUGCUCUGUAUUCAGAAGACCUGGCCAUCAAGGCUGAAAAGAUAAAACCCAAGAGGCGCAGAAAAGAAAAGGGUGCAGAGUCCCUUAGCAGGGAUGUAACAGAACAGCUGCAGACCCUGAGCAGCUUGACAAAUGCCAUUCUCAAAUACAGAUGCCAUCAAAAUCACAGUUCCUUACUACUGGUGGACCCCAACAGCGCUCUCCAUGAAGAUUGCAGAAUGCAACCUGGCUACUCUGCAAAGUGCUACCUGUCCAGCUGGUCCGUUAACUUGGAUAAGAAAACUUUGAAUAAGUUGAAAGAUGCAGUCCAUAUGAGUGACAACACACACUUCAAGAACCAACCAGAGGAUCAGCACUUGUAUCAACCUCUAUACGAUGACCUUUCAGCUGCACCAAAACCUCUGAGAGUGCACCUUCCUCGAGUCAGCCUGUUGGACUAUGCGGAUCUGGCAGAAGAGGGUGAUCCAUACACUACAGAAAAGUUUCAGUUUCACCCAGACAAUGGAGCUUUGAGUCAAAGUAUCAACAGCAACCGUGGCCUGCUCCUGAACACUGAGUGCUAUGGAAUGGAGGGUUCAUCCAAUGAACAGAAAAUAAGAAAACAGGCUGGUUCACAUAUUAAAAAUAAACACAGAGACCUCCUCAGGAAAGGCCUUUCAGACAGACUUUCUCCAGGCCCUGUUAUGUACAUACAGUGGAAUCAUACAGAAGGCAACCAGAACUUUGCAUCUUUCUAUGGGGGCUGUCUCAGAGGCAGCAGAAGAGCUAUUUCAGUUAGACUUCCUCCUCUGCUGAGACCAAGAGACAGCUCAUCUGAAGGCCAUCCAGGAGUUUCUGUUGAAAAGGGAAAGGACUGCGGGACCUCCUCCAGAUACAACAAUGACAAAUGGAAUAGUUCAAGUGAAAGUAAUAAACUGCACACAGCAGAAAAAUAUGAACACGGUACAGCCAAGGAGGUUGAAACAAACUCAUUUUCCAAGGUUUCCAUGGAAUCUCUAAUGAUGUUGAAGCAGGCAAUGGAAAGGGCUGCUGCUGAGCAUGGCAUUCUGCCCUCUGGCCUGCAGGUGGAUAUGAAUACUCAGAGUGAGAUAUUGAAGGGGUCCCUGUUUCGCAGCUGUGAGGAGAUUGGAGACAGGGUUACACAGAACAGAAAAUUACCUACUUUGGACUCCACAUGCAUGGCUGAAGUUACAGAAAAGUCAUUCAAGUGCACACAAGAGGAUGACACGCCCACUGGUUCUGGCAAUGAGCUGGGAACACAAGCUGCAUUUCUAAAACACUUGGGCCAUACAAACAGCCUCCAGCCUAAACAGCAGAUUUGCAGUGCCGAUUUGCAGAUGCCCACAGCUGAUAAGCAGCAGACCUCCAGCGGAGACAAUGGAAGGACUCCAGCUCAAAUGCAGGAUAUGAGGCAGAAUUGCAGCCCCUCUGGGGUGCAGACAGCUACUGAAGUUAACCCUCCCCAUCAGCUGACUGAUGAAGAUCAACUUCUGCAGCAGCUAAUGCAGUACACAAAUAGCGUCAAGAGUAAGAAAGAACAGAAGGGGAGAGGAAAGAAAAACAGCACUGCAAAAGGGGGCUCCAAAACCACAAGCACAAAGAAGGCAGAACAUAUUGUCGGCAAGCCCAGAGUAAAACAACAGAGCGAAUCUUUCCAGAAAGCCCCAGAGAAAGUGUUUCCCACUGAUCCCAAGAAUGAGGACCUGGAGAAGCCUGUAGAUCUCCCAGAGUGCCCAGCUGAGCCCCAGCAGGAAGAAAAGAGACCAGCCUCCUCUGAGCACUCAAUAUCUUCAGAACAAAGCCAGGAGGAGCUCCAAGAAGGGGACAGCAAAGGGAAUGCAGAAGAGAAGUGGAGGCAAGCCAGAGAAAAGCGGGAUCUGAAGCGAGUGCAGCAGGCUGAGUGGCGCCGCUUGGAAGUGGAGCGAAAGCGUCAGGAAAAGGAGAUGCAGAGAAGGAAAGAGAUGGAGGAGAAAGAACAGGAGGAGAGGAUGAAAGAGGAACUGCAAGAGCAAGUGAUGAAAAAAGUACAAGAGCACCAAGAAAGGAAGAAGCGGGAAGCAGAAGAGCGUCGUCAGCGUGAGGAAGAAGAGGAGGUGCUGCGUCAGGAGGAGAUGAAGCAGCAGGCUCGUGAGCAUCGCAGGCUGGAGGAGCACCGCAGAAAACUGCUGGAACUGCAGAGAAAGAAGUGGGAGGCAGAGCAGCUAAGAGAAGCUGAAGCUGAGAGGAAGAGGAUGGAAGAGGAAGAGAAACUGGCAGAGGAACAGGCUCUCUUGGCAGCCAUGGAAGAGGAGGAGCGCAAGGAGUACCUGAGACGGAAACACGAGGAAGAGGAGAGGAGGAAUAAAGAGGAGAAGAUGAGGCGACAGCAACAAGAGGAGGAGGAGAGGAAGCGGAUGAAAGAAGCCAGGCAAGAGGCUGAACGCAUCAUCAGGGAGCAGUGGGAGACUGAAAGCCGUCUUCAGUUUCACAGGGAGCUUUUGCUUGAAGCAGCAGGUCUUGAAAAGACUCAGGAAGUGAAUCGCCCUUGGAUCUGCUCGUACUAUGAUGUAUUGAGGCUUCUUGUAUUAGAGCAUGAUAGACAACAUGAAUAAAGUGUUCUUGUAUCAGACUGAUCAGCUAUUUGUUUGUUAGAAAGAAAAGAGUAACUUGAUCUGUGUCUUUUGAAAAAGUUAAAUAGAAAAAGGAUGUGUGUAUAUAUAUAUAUAUAUAUAUAUAUAUAUAUAUAUAUAGUCCUGGAUCCGAAUAGGCAGAUCCCCACGGCCCCUGUAACAAACAAGGGAUUUGCAGACACAAAGAACGGACAGCUUUUCACAACAGGUAUUCUUAAUUCUAAGGCUCCUGUUUCCAGCAUAGAUGAACCCAGACUGCUCUUAGGUCGAAGAGAGACGCCUGACUAGCUGUGCAGCCUCUCUUUUACCAGCCCCUCAUCAGCCAGGAAUUUGGCUGAUACAGACUACAUGUGUGGGCCAAUUAAGGCUAAUGAUAUUGGGUAAGGGCGUCUGCUAAGAAAUAAAUAAUAAUAAUAAUAAUAAUAAUAAUAAUGUACCAUGUUCAAACAGUAAUUGCCUAACCACACCUGCAGCCUGUUCACCCGUUAACUCCUUGAUGUCAUGGCUGCCCACAGGUCCCUCUGAUCUUUAUCGGCAACACCUGUGGGCGCGCCCACAGCCUGCCAUGAACACCUCCUGCAAUAGAUGGGUUUGAUUCUUAUAAAGAAAAUAAACAUGAUAAAUAUUGUUCCUGGUAAUAUUCUCUGGACUGCACUGUUAGUAUGCUAAAUAUUGUAAAUGUAUAUUUGAAAAAAUUGUAAACCUGAUUAGGUACAUUUAUAAUAAGUACCUUUGUUAAAGUUAGUUAUUCAUAAACUAAUUAAUCAACUAAUUAUAUUUGCACUUGCUUCAAGUAUAAACCUAGCUAUUAUAGGCUGUGAAUUGUAUUUGUUCUGUCGAUAAUAUGUGAUUACCAUCAGAUUAAAAAGUAUUUUCUGGUAUAGUAGUGUAUGCAGUAUUAAAAUAAGAUAUCCCACACAGAUUAUACAUGUUGGACCUCCAGAACACUUAAUUCACAGGCAAAAUAGCCUGUACCCAGUGUAUUCUCGCCUCACUUUUAAAUUAAACCAUUAAUGGUUACAGGGCUCACAAAAGACAAAAACCUAUGAUUCUGUGAAUUCCGGUAGGUUUCAGUGUUGUUUAGAUUGAAAAUGUGUGUGACGCAAGAAGUUGUAUUCAGUUUAAUUUAAUGUAUUAAAAUGUUACUGUUGUAACUGCAUGUGUUUUGCAUUAGUUCCCUAUGCUUUGGAUAGUCUUCUACUUGUGGUUUAAUACAGUUAAGUAUAUCCCAUAGUACUCUGCUAUAAACUUCAUUUCCUCCUCUGCUUUCCUCAUUUUUCUGCUUCAGUGUUUUUUAUUGAUGGCUGCAAAACAGCACGGAAACAUUUUCAGGUAAAGUAAAAUUGAAGAAGAUUGGAUGUACAACACUAUAAAUUUAAAUGACGAUUCUGGAUCUUUAAGUGUUGACAUGUUAGCGGCACCA